AAGCGAAGCUGUCCCGCGACAGCAGCAUCGAGCCGAGCAUCGAGAAGAAAUGUGCAAAUAUUCACAUUUUGGGAACUGCGAUUCGUCGAUCGAUUCGAUAUCAUACUGACAUUUUUUUCAUCUCUUAAAACGCAAAGUUCGAAAUAAGAUCGUACGACUUUUAAAAGCUCUAAAACUCUAAAUAAUAUACCUGUUUGAUUUUGCAAGAGAAGAAAACUGAUAAAAGUUUUGACAGUUUGAUAUGUGACAGAAAUAAAGGAAUUGCAAAAAGCUAAAAAUGAGAAGUAUGCUGUUGAUACUGACGUCAAUGAUAUUCUCCAAUAAUGUGAAAGUUUUAACUUUAAGAAAGUGACUGAGAAAGUAAUAAAAAAAAGUCGCGGUAUUUUCAAGAGAUCACAAGAUGUCAUGUCAAAUGCCACAUUACUGAAUCUACAAACUAUUCGUAUAAAAUGGAAGAUGUCAUAUAUAUAAUUUGUCGCUUCGACUUACGUGCAACGAUCAAAUUAUUUGUUACGAGUUUCCGGUGAUUGCAAGGUCAACCACAUAUUGGAUAGAAAAUGCGUAGAGAACAGACUUGAAAAAUGAAUCUUUCCCACGUCCGAGACAAAUAAUAAUCAUGUUCGAAGGACAAUACGAAACGGUAUAAGUAUCUUAUAAUUACGUCGUUGAUACUCGUUAAUCAUUCUUUCUUAAUGUCCUUUCUCUGAUGUGUUGUGACCCAAAGUGUUUCUCUGUACGAAAGGAGUUGUCAACGAAUUAAUGAAUUAAGAAUUUGCAUUAUGACGAUAUAUACGUAAUCUCGUUUAAUAAAGGGUGCAAUAACGAUGCCGUUCUAGCGUUGUGAUUAUGGAAAUUAAUUUACACGGUGAAACAAAUUAAAUUACUGCAGUGCGCGUUAAUGCAAUAUAUAUAUGAAACUCGGCGAGUCUCGGCGAUAAUAAGACACUCGAGAGGAGAAAUGAAGAGAUUUUAAUCUUAAAAGGAGAGCACGACAUAUACAUAUAUGCUCACCUUGUUUCAUUCGCCGCACUAUUUGUCGACGCCAGAAAUUCAUUAACGCGGCUUCGAGCUUGCAUUCAUCGUUAUUCUGCACGUUGCAACGCGGCGAAGUGCAUCGGCGACAAAUUAGCGGAACAACCGCUGGCAAAAACGCGUGAAAAACGAGGCUGCAACUGUCUCUUGAUUUCGACAUUUCCUCCUACACCAUGAACAUCUUGAUGUACAUCGUCCAAAACGAAUACCAAGAGUCCUCGAGAGAGAUUGCGAAGCAAAAUGCUGUAAUGGCACGUACGGAGAUUGAUUUUGUCGACCAGGAUAUGACGAAACUUCUCAGCGAUCGAAAUGCCGUCACUUAUGAGAUCAAUAACAACGAAACUGAUUUAAACAACGAAACUCUUCUUUACAAUGUGUCACUAAACGAAGACUAUAUCUUCGAUAGGACUGAUGUAAAAGUAAUUUUUAUUACUUUAUACACUAUCGUAUUCGUCUGCUGUUUCUUUGGUAACCUAAUGGUGAUCUUUGUUGUGACGUUCUCACGACGAUUGCGCAGCAUUACGAAUUUCUUCCUGGCGAAUCUGGCGGUGGCUGAUUUUUGCGUGGGCAUAUUCUGCGUUUAUCAAACACUCAUCAAUUAUCUGAUGAACAGCUGGCAAUUGGGUGACUUCCUCUGCAAAGUUUACAUGUUCGUGCACGCGCUCUCUUACACCGCCAGUAUACUAAUUCUUGUGGUGGUGUGCACUGAACGUUACCUGGCUAUUGUCCACCCUAUUAAGUGUCGAUCCAUGCUGACCAGGAGUCGUCUCAGAAUAGUAAUAGGCGUAGUGUGGAUCUUAGCAGCUGUGUACGCCUCGCCCAGAUUUUUCUACGUGGAAACUAUCAGCAAUCAAUUGAACACCGGCGACGUCGACAUCAUCUGCAUAGCUAACAUCAAGAAACACAACAAGAACGUCCUGGACGCAGUGAACCUCGUCUUUCUCUAUCUUCUGCCGCUUUCCCUCAUGAGUUGCUUGUAUACCAGAAUCGCAGUCGGCCUCUGGAGAAGCAGCGCCACUCUUGAAGGACCCGGAUUAGUUGCUAGGAGUAGAAAUGGCAGAGUCCAUCACAUUCACACGUCCAGCAGAAAUGUUCUGAGAGCGAGACGCGGCGUUAUCAGAAUGUUGAUCGCCGUGGUGAUGAUGUUCGCCAUAUGCAACCUACCCCAGCAGGCACGUAUUGUCUGGCGGCACUGGGGCUCGAACUACGAUCGUACGUCGGAUUUCAGCACUCUGUUGACUGUGUCGACCUUCCUUAUCUCGUAUAUGAAUUCCUGUUUGAAUCCGCUGCUGUAUGCCUUUUUGUCGCGCAACUUUCGCAAAGGUAUGCGCGAGCUGCUGCGUUGCAAAGGCUCUAGGGAUCGUAGCGGGGCCCUGGCGAUGGUGUGCACCAGCGGUGAUCAUACGAAUCGCCACGAAAAUGGCGUGAGUACUACCAAUUUACCACAAACCUCGGUCGUCCGACUGAGCUCCGUCCAGGACAACCCCUGCACCACGCAGACCAUCGCACGGCACAGUAUUUACGACAGGAACACUUAAUAAACUGUGACGAUUCUCGAUAAGCAGAUAGAAAUAUUCUUUUUUAUGUAAAAUACCAGGAUUUCUAGGAUGGGACCCGACGGGAGUUUUCUCAGGGAGAAAAACGCGCGAGCGUUUGCAGGAUUUUUUUCUAGGAAAUCUACUGUAUUUCGAAACAGUUUAGUGUGAAGAAAAUUAAGUGAAGUGUUUUGUGUUGAAAAUUGACUCUCCACACAAGACUUUGAAUUAUAGGCUAAGUUGACAAGUAUAAAGAAUAUAUAGAGACACAGUCUGGUGCAUUCUAUGUUAUAUGUGGAUACCUCAGACACUGAAUCAGGUGAACGUUUCGUGGCGAGAAACUAUUUUCUUCGGCAUAGUGAAAAUAGUUUUUGUAUCUCAAUAUCGAGACUUACUUAUUUUCAAAGCGUUAAAACUUUAAUAUCAAAUCUAUUUUCAAAAAAUGUCGAACAUAAGACUUUCCUCAAAGAUGUGAUUUAUCUUGAAAAUUAGCUCUUCGAUCUUCGAAUAUUGUAUUAUCUCAAUUGAUGCAGAAUCCGCAACUCCAUUACUCAUACUGAUGCGUGAUGUUGUAAUCUUAAUCUUGGCUCCCAUUAUAUAUAAUCGCAGGAAUUGCCACGUUUCGGGAACAAGGUACAUCGAUAGCGAUAGUUCUUGCUGCACGAGAGAGAGAGAGAGAGAGAGAGAGAGAGAGAGAGAGAGAGAGAGAGAGAGAGAGAGAGAGAUUUCGAUCAAGUAAUGUCAGUGGCAUCUAACUCUAUGUAUGUAAUCCGUAUAAGCACAGCAAAAUUGAGUACGGUGAGCUUAACCAGAGCUUAUUCAGAAUGCAUUACUCCCAUUUCCAUUCUCAUUUUUUGUCUAUCAAUGCACAAAUACAGAUAGAAACUAUUGUAAGGUUUUUGUAUUCGCUCGAUUUAACACUGCAUCUGAAGUGGCAAGAAACUGCAUUAUGCAAUCGAGAUACGAUAGACAUCUAUAUAUUCAUAUAUUUAUAUGAGAAUGUUGCAUAUAUUUGAGUAAAGUAUCAGAAAAUUUUCUUUGUGUAAUAGAUAUCUUCUGACAUUUUGUCUCAACUUAUUCUGUAUAAACGUCAUAUUGAUUCUUUUACACAGUUCUGCAUUAGCUUCUUAAAAAUGUUUUUCAGUUCUUAAGUUAUAAUGAGAAAAUUGCAAUUGCUAUUAAACUUGCAGAAAGAAAUUCGCUCAAACCAUUCAUGUAACAAAUUAACCAUCAUACUUAUCGGAAAAGUCAUAAAUGUCAAAAAUGUUUGAAAAGGGAAUUGAAUUAUAUAUGUGUGAAUGAAUAUUAUAAUAGAGCUGUGCUUGAGAUUUAUU